AGUAAAAGUAAAAGCCUAUGAAAAGCGCUGACACACUGCCUGACGAGGCUUUUAUGUUGAAGACUUUUUAUCUUUAAUUCAGAAUCAGCCCUCCGCUUCAUCUUCAUCUCUUGUGUGUUCCUAGGAUCAGAAGAUGUUGCACAGUCUGAAGCCCUGCGAGCAGCAGACGGGGGGGGGCUUCUGCUUUGAGAACAGCCGCAGGAAUGCAGUGUUGGAGUCCAGUUUGUCAGAGUUUGGCUACAAAGCUCCCAGUGCAAGAAAGACAGGGACCACCAUUGCUGGGGUUGUUUACAAGGACGGAGUGGUCCUGGGAGCAGACACCAGGGCUACAGACGACAUGGUGGUGGCUGACAAAAACUGCAUGAAGAUUCAUUACAUCGCUCCGAAGAUCUACUGCUGUGGGGCCGGCGUGGCUGCAGACGCAGAGAUAACCACCCAGAUCAUGGCGUCUAAUGUGGAACUGCACAUGCUUAACACUGGGCGACCCCCACUAGUCGCCAUGGUAACCCGGCAGCUGAAACAGAUGCUGUUCAGGUACCAGGGUCAUGUCGGUUCAUCCCUAAUUGUUGGAGGAGUCGACGUGACUGGAGCUCACCUGUACAGUGUUUACCCACACGGCUCCUACGACAAACUGCCUUUCGUCACCAUGGGCUCUGGAGCUUCAGCUGCUAUCUCUGUAUUUGAGGACAGAUUCAAACCAAACAUGGAGCUCGAAGAGGCGAAGCAGCUCGUCCAAAACGCCAUCGCCGCAGGGAUUUUCUGUGACCUGGGUUCAGGCAGCAACGUGGACCUGUGUGUUAUCACCGAGGCUGGAGUGGAGUACCUGCGAGGCUACGACAAGCCCACCAUGAAGGGCGAAAGAGCGGGACAUUACAGGUAUAAGCCUGGCACCACGGCUGUCCUGACAAAAACGGUAACCCCGCUCUCUCUGGAUGUGGUCGAUGAAUCUGUUCAGAUCAUGGACACUGAAUAAAAUACAACGAAAUGCUUCUGGUGUAAUGAAACCUAUUCGUAGUGAUACAUUAGUGGACGAAAUAAAAAUGUACCAUGUGGUCAAUGGA